AUGGCCGGAAGAAAUCAACAGGCCAUCGCCAUGUCGCGACUGGUCUCCAGUACCGGCGCCCACGUUCUGAGGCUCGUCACGACGUCUUAUCUCGAUGGAGCCGGUCCGUCUACGCAGGCUUACAGAAGACUGGCGAAGCAGGCUUCCUCGGCAAGUGUUCCCAGCUCUCUAUCUCGGACAGGUCGGCUAACGGUUCAGCGUCGCUCUUCGGUACCUCUACGACGGUUUGCGUCCUCGGCCUCGGCUCUCGAACAGGGAAUGGACUCGGAACUGCCCGUCGUGUUCACACCGAGAAAACCGCCACGAGUCAAGGUUCGACCGUCCACAGUGCCGUUGCCCGACUGGGUACGACUACCGCCAGCUGAGGAACACUCGCUUUUCAUUCAGUCCAAGACGCCGGGAGAGUUUGUCCAGCGCUUUCGAGACGGAAAGUACGAUCCGCGGAUGAUUUUGCCGUACCGAAGGCUGCUUGCCGUCACCAAGCUUUUCUGCAGGUCGUCGCAAGCGACACCGGAGGAUUGGGAGUGGCUUGCAGCUACCUUGACUCAGACCAAGCAGCUGGAUAAGGAGGGCUGGGGCCAGCUUCCUUUAUCCCACGGCCUCGGUCGCUGUUUACUGGGUCUUGCUUUGGCUCAAACUGGAGAUUGGGCUGCUGCAUUACGAUCAAUGGCAUUCGGCCUCAAGUUGUCUAUGAGCGAUGCUGAGAAGCUGUCGGCCGACGUAACGGUGAUCGACGCUCUCCCGCAAGGGACGGCUGGAGUGGUGCAAGCCUACGUCAAUCUCCUAAGGGAUACCGAUAGGGUUGCAGACAUCCCGGAAGUCGUUUUGAGGUCGUCUCCGAAACUCAUGAAGAUUCUCACCGGCAUCGACAGUACUCGGCACGACACGGCAGACAUCCGCGAGCUCCGCGUCGCUCUCCAGUCUGGGCUCAGCUUGACCAACGACCCCAUCGGCUGGCUCAGCAACAAGCUGGAGAAGGGCCAGAACCCGAAGCCUCAACAAGUUUACAUGCUCGGUAACGCGUUCCUCGCCUCCUUUCUUGCCAGCUCUAAACACAGCGUUGGUGAAGCGUACAGCGUUUGGCGCAGCAUCACGCAGGUGUUCAACUCGACAUUCGUACCGGCGCAUCUAGCUGCUGAGCUCGCUCAGCGGUUAUCGGCUCAAGGACAUUUGCCUGCGGCUGUGGAGGUAUUCGCCCGCAUGCGCGAGAAGUGGGCGAACCUUCCUCACUCGUCGCUCUCCAUCGAGCUGCGCGUCUACGCGAAUGCGGGGUUGACUGAGGAAGCCCGAGACAUCUGGAAUCAUCUCACCGCUCGUUAUGGCCCCACACGCGAGGAUAAGCUGGCGCUCGCCAACGCUUUUGCGGCUCGAGGCGACGUGGAGGCAGCCGAGGAAGCGCUCCAGCACCUUCUCGGAAGCACUGCCAUGCAGAGCGCCGACGCUCUUUUCGUCAUGCAGCGUGCUCAUGCUGCAGCUGGUGACCUGGAGAGCGCGCACGAGUAUCUGAGGCAAGCAUCUGAGAUCACUCCCAAGCUGGGACCCUACCUCAGCCUCCUAUCGCGUUACGCCGACCGAGGUGAUUCCGACGCCGCGGUGCGCUUGUUCGACGAAAUGAUCGUAAACGGUGUCCAGCCGACAGUGGAGGCGUAUACUUCGCUCAUCUCCGCCUUUGCCAAGCACGGUGAUUACGUGAAUGCCGACUUGAUGUUCGAGGGUAUGGUCCGAGCGGGACGUACACCUGACGCUAUCACCUACUCAGCCGUCAUCAAUGCUGCCCUCGAAGCCGGAGAAUGGGAUCACGCGGCCGACUGGUGUGACCGUGUACCGUCGCAUCUGCUGAGCAGCGAGGUCCUCACCGGCAUCAUCAUGAAGGCUUUUGUCCUGAUAAACGCUCCGCUCGAAGUCACUCUCCGACAGUUCAGGCAGGUGACGAUACCUGGCGAGCACCUGUGGGCGCUGGCCAUGCAAGCUGCCGCCGAUCACGGUGACCAGCUGAUGGUCCAAGCUCUCUUCGAGGAGAUGGAUGCCAGAAGCAAGCUCGACUUCCUCUCCCCAGCUCCGAAUGUCUACGCCUUUUCAAUCCUCCUCUCCACCUUCAUCCGGUGCGGCGACCGAGUCAAGGCAAAGGAAACGUACGACGCCAUGGUUUCGCGCAAGGUCAUCCCGAGCAGUGUUACCUACGGUCUUCUGACGAAGUCGUUUGCUGAUGCCCCGGGGAACAGCUCUUUCGAGCAGGGUGACAACUUCGCCAAAACGGUCUACAGACAUAUCACAUCUACGAACCAUGCGGAGUCGGAGGGCCUAGUCGCUGCCAACAUCUUCUCGCCCUUGAUUGCGGCCGCUGGUCGCAACGGCGACAUGAACCUGGCGCGCCGGUACUUUGACAUCGUGAAAGAGAAGGGCGGCAACUCGAUCUACCUGACGACUGUCCUCAUGGAUGCCUAUCGACGAACGGGUCACACGAAGAUGGUGUACCGACUCUGGUCUAAGCUCUUCCGGGAUGCUCGCCGCACCAUUCCUCAGAAGACACCGCAGUCUUCCGUUAUGGAUGCGGUUCGCUCGCGCAACAACCUGCUUUGCAUCCCACUCUCUGUCACGAUCCAAAGUCUCACUGCAGCUGGUCUCCACGACCGAAUUCAGCAGCUUUGGACCGCCGUUCGGUCAUCCGGCUUCGGGUUCGACGCGCAGAACUACAAUCACCUCGUCCGCGCUCUGGCGCUCACUGGAGACGUCGAGUCGGCGUUCCGCGUUGUUGAGCGUGUGCUCAUUCCUCGUUUCGACGAUGUCCGGAGACGCAGGUUCCGUGCUAUGCGCUCCGAUGGAGAGCUGCAGGCUGUGGAUGCUACGGCCAACGUGCAUGCCAAUGCACCAGAACUCACCGAUUCCGAAGUCGAAGCACACGCCGAUGUUCCGCAGAGGAAGAAGCCAGAGUUCGGUUUGAAAGGUACCGACGCCGAUCCCGAGCCAACUCUGCUUGAAGAGGCGCCCCUCACUUCCGCAGACGUCGCAGCCGACAUGCGGCGGCCGAACCGCCGCUCUGAGAUCAAGGCGUACGCACCGGCAGAGUACCGUGAGCCAGGAGAGGAGGACGACUGGAAGCACAACGACCUUACUCUGAUUCGGUAUUGGCGACCGACGGAUGUUCUGUGGCGCCCGUCGAAGCAGACUCUCGCAAUCCUCGAUCAGGCGUAUCGCCAACUCGAGGAGCAGCGCGAGUACCGCGCAUGGGUUGGUGUUGGCGCGGACGAGGACGGCGACGACCAGCCGGUGAGAUUGCCCGAGUUCAACAAUGUGGCUGUGAAGAACGAGGACAGCACGGUGAGCAAACGCUCGCCCACGUUGCUUCUCGCUCGGCUGAAUCGGUUCUACGCGAAGACGGUCGGGCUCGUGAUGCUGCACCGUCGAAAGCAGCAGCGGAGGAAGUUGAGGAUGGAGCGGAGUGACGUGUAA